AUGACUAGUGAUCAAGCAUGGUUAUUGGUGCUUAUCCUGAGGAACAUCCUGAGCAAGAUUACUGGCCAAGCACCUCCUCCAGGGUUUAGGUAUACCUCUUAUGAGGUAGUCAUUCCAAAGAGACAGACCCCCAGGUUUGGACAACAGGAACCCCAGCAUGUGACCUACUUGCUGAAGAUUGAAGGGAAGAGCCACUUGGUGCACCUCAUGCAGAAGAGAGCCUUUGUCCCCAAACACUUUCCUGUUUUCACUUACAGCAAGGAGGGGGAUCUGCAGGUGGACUAUCCAUUCAUCAGGGAUGACUGUUUCUAUGACGGUUUUGUACAGGGCAUUCCUGUCUCUUUGGUUUCUAUUAGCACUUGCUUAGGAGGUCUUAGAGGUGUUUUGCAAGUAGGGAAUAAAUCCUAUGAAAUUGAACCUGUCCCAGCAUCUGCUACCUUUCAACAUGUGGUGUAUCGACUAGCAAAAGAGGAAGGGGCCAUCCGUAUGAGGUGUGGGCUGACAGAAGAAGAGGAACUUCGACAGGCAGCCAUGAUCCCAAAGACUGGGAAUGUACCACUUGAAAGAUCAGAAGACCAACCCUUGUGGACACACAAAGUGCAUGCAAAGCUUGUCAUUGUGGUAGAACAUAAACGCUAUAUUCAGUUUGGCAGAAAUGAAACUGCUGUUCUAUUGAAUAUACUGAGAAUCAUCCAGUUUACAAAUUCUUUGUAUGUUCCAUUUGACAUUCAGAUAGUUCUUGUUGGACUGGAAAUAUGGUCUCAAAGGAAUCUCAUAGAUAUUUCUGACACAAUGAGUCCUCUGCUUAUAAGUUUCAAUGAUUGGAGAAGAAAUACACUUAAUAUGCGUCUACCACAUGAUGCAGGUCACUUAUUUGUAUAUAAGCGUUUUAAAGGUAUAAUUGGAUUAGCAUAUGUUGGAACAAUAUGCCAGAAACAGUUGGCCAGUGCUGUUGCCUCAUAUACUACUACCAGUUUGUUCAAUUUUGUUAUCACAUUUGCUCAUGAACAAGGGCAUCUUCUUGGGAUGUAUCAUGAUUCAGAGUUCUGUAGAUGUGAACAACCACAAUGCAUCAUGGCUGCCUACUAUGUAUCCAGUGAUAAGUUCAGCAACUGCAGUUAUAAAGACUAUUACAAUUUAAUGAAAUCUGGUAAGGGAUGGUGCUUGUUGCCAGAUGGACACCCUAAUAAAGUUAAUAAAAUCACAUACUGUGGAAACAAAGAAGUGGAACAUGGUGAGCAAUGUGACUGUGGGUCAAAGUGGAACUGUGAACAGGAUCCCUGUUGCCAGUUUGGUUGCAAGUUGCGUUCCGGUGUCACUUGUGCUAUUGGAGAGUGCUGUUCCAAAUGCCAAUAUCAUCGGGCUGGAAGUGUUUGCAGGAAAAGUGCCAGUAUUUGUGACCUUCCAGAAUACUGCAAUGGGUCUUCAGAAUGGUGUCCUGAAGAUGUUUAUGUACAAGAUGGUGCCCCCUGUCCAGAUGGUGCGUACUGUUACCAUGGGAGUUGCUCUACUCACAAUAAGCAGUGCAAAAUGAUCUUUGGCUCAAGAGCAACAGUUGCUUCAGAGGUCUGCUUCAGAAAACUGAAUGCUCGAGGUGACCGCUUUGGCAACUGUGGCAUUAAUGGUAGUAAUUAUAUCAAAUGCAAUGCUGAAGAUACCCUUUGUGGACGAAUCCAAUGUGAAAACAUUAAUAAAUUACCUUAUUUGGCAGAACACAACACCAUAAUCCAGACAUAUAAUAGCAACAGUCUGUGCUGGGGCACAGAUUACCAUAGUGGAAUAAAGAUUCCUGACAUUGGAGCUGUGAGUGAUGGCACUCCUUGUGGCAAAGAUAUGAUGUGUAUUAAUAGGAAAUGCACCAAUAUGUCCCUCUUAAAAUAUGACUGUAAUGUGACAAAGUGCCAAAAUAGGGGAAUAUGUAACAGUCGCAAAAAUUGCCACUGUGAUUAUGGGUGGGCCCCUCCAUACUGUCUAGAUAAAGGCCAUGGUGGCAGCAUUGACAGCGGGCCACCUCCAGCAAAGAGUGUCUUCUUUAUUGUACUACUUUCAGUUCUCUUUACUGCUCUUGUUUUGGCUGGUGGUCUUGUUGUAUAUUACAGGCCAACCUGA